GUUUGCUCCUAAUGUCAAUUUGACGUUUAUCAAUUUUGUUGAAUAAAAUUAGCAAAAUAAAGUGUUUUGUUUCAAAAUAAUACAAAUAAUUUUAAAAUUAUUAAUUCAAAGAUAAAUGAUUCGAAAUACCUUUGCCAAUGUCGUUGACUUAUCAAAUUGGAUCCUUGUGUGAUGACUGCCAACGUUUGGGCUUGCAAAACUACUUAAAACCUUUUUACAUAAAUUUAGAUGAACAAAUUACAAAAUGCGAAAGCUCAAGUUGUAUGUUUCCGUACCUGCGAAAACCAAUCAUAACCGAAGUAACUAACUGCAAACCACCGCCUUUAGAAAACACACUCUUUUUAGAAGAACUCAUCGAAGAAAAAUUACAAGAGAUCGAGAAUGGUACACCAGCGGUAACUGCUAUAAAACCAAACAUUCAAAAUUAUACAGCCAAAGAGGAAAUCAACAACACCGAUAUGUAUGAUUUCUCUGCAAUAUUCAUGAGUAGUCCCAUAAAAACCGAGGUCAAAGAGAAACCAUUGAUGUUUCAAAGUAGUGUCAAACAAGAACCCAAUCUACAACCUGUUGUUUUGGAGUCGAAAGUUAUCAAGAAUUCGUGGAGUGUCGAAGACCCCAAAGUGAUUAUAAAAUCCAGUUUGAAGGAUCAAAUACAAACUGCGCCUAAGAAGAUGAGAAUUUCAAGAUGCUUGUCAGACGUUAAGCCAUCUGUAAAGCCUUCAAAGAAAUCAAAAGCACAGAGUGAAAAGGUCGAACCAGUGUUCGUAAUAGAGCCAAACAGUGGCAAGUCGAUGAGGCCGUUGGAUUUGAUAAAGCGUUAUAUGAAAAAUAAGAAUUGAGGGCGAAAUGGAGGGAUACGUUGCAAAGACUGAUUAUCUACAUGUUCAAGAUCUUAAAAUAAAAACACUAAAAAAUAUGAUUUUGAGAAAGCCACUCUCAUGACGGGGAAGAGUUUCCUUACUUUGCAGUCUUACGAGAUAAUAUUCUUUUUAAACAGUGAUAAAAAUCGUCUAAUCUUUUGAUAUUCAAAUUACAAUUAAAUCGACAAUUCAAACUUAUGGGCCUCCAAGGAAAAUGCAUGCUUUUCAGCUGUUUUGAAUCUUUUGGCUAAAUUCCCCUCGGAACUUUAAUUCAUGAGAUAUGUAUGCAACUAUCAAACCGAAAAUUCCAAAAAUACUGCAAAACAGAAGAUGACGUGUUUUGAUGGCUUGAAUUUGGAACUAUGAGUCUAUAUGUUCUUGAAAACAAUCAAAGAAGCGAAAUUAUGGCUUAUUAUUGACCUUAAGCAUUUUGUGGUUUAUUUUUCACAAACUCUCCUAUGUGUUC